AUGACAGUUGAAGAUACUCACGUAAUUCAAGUCUCAAAUGUUUCUCCAGCUGUCACAAAGGAGCAAUUGAAAACUUUUUUUGGAUUUGUUGGAAAAGUUGACGAUAUCAAACUUUAUCCAGAAAUUGAAGCGAUAGAUGAUUCUACAAAAGUCUGUUUUGUGAAAUUUGCCUUAGCGGAGGAUGUGUCAGUAUCUCUUCAUUUAACAAACACAGUUUUUGUAGACAAAGCUCUCAUCGUAGUCCCAGUUCCUGAGGAUGUUAUACCGGAUGAGAUUACUGCACUAGGACUUGGUAGUGGGGAUAGCUCUAACAUGUCCAAUAUGUAUCAGGGAUUGGCACAAUAUCCUGUCCUGCCAGCAAAUACAGAAUUAUCAAAAGUUGAAGAAAUUCGAAGAACGAUAUACGUCAGUGGAAUUGAUUGUGCUAUUUCUCCUGAAUCACUAAUGCAGUUUUUCACUCAGGCUGGAGAAAUAAAAUAUAUGAGAAUGGCUGGAGAUAAAACUGCGAGCAUCAAGAGUGCUUACGUUGAAUUCACAGAUCAAGUUUCUGUUGUGAAGGCUCUUGGAAUGAAUGGACAGGCGUUAGCUGGACAACUUUUGAAGAUAACACCGUCAAAUACUGCAAUUGUAAAACCACCAAUACUUCCUGGCAUAUCAGCUACCAGCAAGGAAAUAGAAGAGGCGCUGAAAAAAGUUAGUGAAGCUGAAUCACUAAUUUCAGCUGCUAUUGACCCAGUUACUAAUGGAGGUAAAAGAUCAAGAUCUCGACAUAGAUCGAGGUCUAGACAUAGAUCAAGAUCAAGAAGAUCACGGUCAAGAAGAUCACGGUCAAGAAGAUCUAGAUCUAGACAUUUCAGACCUAAAAGAUCUCGUUCCAGACGUUCUCGAAGGUCGCGAUCCAGAAGAAGAAGCUCGAGACAUCGAUCAAGAUCUAGAAGGAGUAAAUCAAGAUCUCCGAGGUCUAGAAGAUCGAGAAGUAAGGAAAGGAGGAGGUCUAAAGAUUAUAAAGAACCCUCGACAUCUAGUAGGAAAGAAACUUCUGAUUCUUACGAAAGUAAGACAAAGCACUCAAAAAAAGAAUCUAGAAAAAAGUCGAGGUCACGUUCUAGGACUCCGUCAAGAAAAUCUAAAAAAUCUCGUCAUAGCGAUUCAAAAAAGGAAGGAGAAAAAGAAAGUAAAAGCAGCAAACAUAAAUCUGAUAAAAAAAGCAAAUCCGAUAUCAAAUGCUUUGAACCAAAGUCUGAGGAUGUUAUUAACAAGAAUCUUAGUGAUGAAAAUGUUUCACAAAAUGACAUGGAUAUUGACAGUGAUUAA